AUUUUUCCAUCCUUUUAAAGGAAAAACUACGUAGAUACUCUUAGCACGCGUUGCGACAAACAUCAGACAACCCCCGUACGCCUACCCUUACCCUACCCCACUAUACACAACACUCACAUAUAUAAAGACACAGAUCAGUCUUCAAUUUCAUCAUCAUCUGAACAUCAGUCUUAAGAUUUUUUAUAUUUUUGAAUAAAAAGAAAGAAAAUGCAUUAUCAUGCAGAGUCGUAUGGGAAUUACAAUGCUUCCACAGUGCGGCAGAACGCGGCGGUGGACCCUUUAGAGAGGGUGGUGCGGCUAGCAUCCGGAAGUGCAGUGGUUAUAUUCAGCCUUAGUACAUGUUGUAUGUGCCAUGCAGUGAAGAGGCUCUUCUGUGGCAUGGGAGUGAACCCAACUGUUUAUGAGCUAGACCUGGAUCCUAGAGGGAAAGAACUUGAGAGGGCACUCAUGAGGCUGCUUGGUGACGGCUCCGCCAUGCCGGUUGUGUUCAUCGGCGGUAAGCUUGUCGGUGCUAUGGAUAGAGUUAUGGCGUCACAUAUUAAUGGCACUUUGGUUCCACUGCUCAAAGAAGCUGGAGCUCUCUGGCUUUAAUGUCCGUUUUUCAGUUUCUUAGGCGGGGAAAAAAACAAAAAGGGGCUUUGGCCGUUUUAGUAUUCUCUUCUGUUUAGCCAACUCUUUCUCGGGAGUUGUAGAGUUGUUACUCUAUUAGUUUGUUCUUAAAAAUUUCUAAUUGAGUACUGAUGUAACUCUGAGCAAAUCCUUUGUAUAGAGAAUGAAGUUUAACAUUCAUAUUUA